UUGUGCCCAAGGGACGAGCGGGAGGCGGUGAGCGCGCGCGGCUCGCUCCCUUCCCACCGCCGCUAGCAGCACCGCCACCCCCUUCCGCAGCUCCGGGGUGGGGCCGGGCAAGGCAAGGGGGCGAUGCCGACUCAGCGCGAGAGCGGCAGCAACAGCGGCGUCGGCAGCAUGUCUCACCCUGGCCUGGGAGGCGGCGGCGGCGGCGGCGGAGGAAGCGGCGGCAGCGUCGGCGGUCUUGGGGGCCCUGGCGGCGACAGCGCCCAUCAGGUCCGCGUGAAGGCUUACUACAAAGGGGAUAUUAUGAUAACCUAUUUUGAACCUUCCAUCUCCUUUGAGGGACUGUGUAAUGAAGUUCGAGAUAUGUGUGCCUUUGAUAAUGAGCAGCUUUUCACCAUGAAAUGGAUUGAUGAAGAAGGGGAUCCAUGUACAGUUUCAUCUCAGCUGGAAUUAGAAGAGGCUUUUCGGUUGUAUGAAUUAAAUAAGGAUUCCGAACUACUAAUACAUGUGUUUCCUUGUGUACCAGAAAGGCCUGGAAUGCCCUGUCCAGGUGAAGAUAAGUCUAUUUAUCGUCGAGGUGCACGGCGAUGGCGAAAGCUGUAUUGUGCAAAUGGUCAUACUUUCCAAGCCAAGAGAUUUAACAGAAGAGCUCAUUGUGCCAUUUGUACUGAUCGGAUAUGGGGCCUGGGGCGCCAAGGCUAUAAAUGCAUCAAUUGUAAACUCCUAGUUCACAAAAAAUGUCACAAACUUGUCAGCAGAGAAUGUGGCCGGCAUCCACUACCACCAGAGCCUAUGGAUCAUUCAUCGGUGCAUCAUGAUAACAUAGAGCCAGUGAUUCCAUAUCAUCCUUCAAGUCAUGAAAGUUUGGACCAUGUUGGCGAAGAAAAAGAGGCAACAGGUAUUAGAGAAAGUGGCAAAGUAUCUUCAAGUCUGGGUCUCCAGGAUUUUGAUCUACUUCGAGUUAUAGGCAGAGGAAGUUAUGCAAAAGUACUUCUGGUUCGUUUAAAGAAGACAGAACGCAUUUAUGCAAUGAAAGUUGUGAAAAAAGAACUUGUCAAUGAUGAUGAGGAUAUUGAUUGGGUUCAAACAGAAAAACAUGUCUUUGAGCAGGCUUCAAAUCAUCCUUUCCUUGUGGGUUUACACUCUUGUUUCCAGACAGAAAGCAGACUAUUUUUUGUUAUAGAGUAUGUAAAUGGAGGGGAUCUCAUGUUUCAUAUGCAGCGCCAAAGGAAACUACCAGAAGAGCAUGCCAGGUUUUAUUCUGCAGAAAUCAGUUUAGCACUAAAUUAUCUUCAUGAAAGAGGAAUAAUUUAUAGAGACUUGAAACUGGACAAUGUGUUGCUGGAUUCUGAGGGGCAUAUCAAACUGACAGAUUAUGGCAUGUGCAAGGAAGGAUUAAGGCCUGGAGAUGUAACUAGCACUUUCUGUGGCACUCCCAACUAUAUUGCUCCUGAGAUUUUGCGUGGAGAAGAUUAUGGAUUUAGUGUGGACUGGUGGGCUUUAGGUGUCCUCAUGUUUGAAAUGAUGGCAGGAAGAUCACCUUUCGAUAUUGUUGGAAGUUCUGAUAAUCCUGAUCAAAACACAGAAGACUAUCUUUUUCAAGUUAUUCUGGAGAAGCAGAUCCGUAUUCCAAGGUCCCUUUCUGUGAAGGCAGCAAGUGUUCUGAAAAGCUUUCUUAACAAGGAUCCAAAAGAACGUUUAGGAUGUCAUCCUCAAACAGGGUUUGCAGAUAUUCAGGGCCAUCCAUUUUUUCGUAAUGUUGAUUGGGAUCUGAUGGAACAAAAGCAGGUAGUUCCUCCAUUUAAACCAAAUAUAUCUGGAGAAUUUGGUUUGGACAAUUUUGAUUCCCAGUUCACAAAUGAACCUGUUCAACUCACUCCUGAUGAUGAUGAUAUUGUGAAGAAGAUUGACCAGUCAGAAUUUGAAGGCUUUGAAUAUAUCAAUCCCCUUCUGAUGUCUGCUGAAGAAUGUGUCUGAGCUCCCACUUCCAUACUGUGCCAUUUUUUUGCUGAUAAUGUUUUUCUGCAUGGAUGAACAAUUUACUUUUGGGAAGCAACUGAUAAGACACUUAACUUUGUCAUUUGACAACCUAGUAUGUACUCUCCAUUAACUUGCUAUAAACAGAAUGCUUUAUUGGAAUAUAAAACAUUAAAACAGAUUUUGCCAAAGUUGAACUCUUACACUGAGGCAACUGUUUGCCUUUAGGCUGAUUAAUAUGAAAUAGAGGACAUUACAAGCUACUCUACCUGAAAUGUAAUGAAGCUCUGUUUUUAAAGUACUUCUGAUAAAGAGCACCUGGUGGGUUAAGUUACAAAACAAAUCCUGGUUCACACUUAAAGCUAAACACUUGGUUUAGGGACUGAGCCACAAGAUUGAAAAUGUUGUUCUUCUCUUCUAGCUGUUUUCAGUUAAUGUAUCUGCUUGUUGCCAAGCCAUGUUAAAAGAAACAUAUGUUACCAGAUUCACUUUUGAGAACACUGAUUAAGCUGCUUUUUAGAUUGCAUUUUGAAAUACAUUCACAUUGGUGAGGAUAAAACCAAAUCAGAUAGAAGGUAACAGAGGAUGUUGCACAUAAUAGCACAGUCUGCUCCUAAUCUUUACAUCUUAGUUUAGCAUUUAGUGUGUUACAGUUCUAGGGCUCUGAUCCUAUGCACACUUAGAAGUGAGCCUUAUUGGAAUUGGUAGGAGUUACUUCUGAGUAACCCUGCAUAAGAUAAUAUACUUCCAAGACUGUCUUUUAUACUACAGUUGAGGCAACUCUUCAGGUUCAUAGCUGAAGCCUUGCUAUUUCCUUAGACUUGGUAACAAUAACACAACAUUUACUUUAACCUUGAUUGAGUCAAGGGUGGAUACAUGCUUUCUUGGCAGGGGUGAUUUUGCAUGUGACAUAAGAAAAUUUUGCUUUUAAGAACCAGGUGGUAAACUUGACUUCAAAAUUACUUUUCCUUUGGCACUACAGUCAUUUGGUACACAUGCUUGCUAAGUAAAUGAGUGCCUUCCUGAGCUUGUCCUUGCAGAAAGGGCUAAUAUGAAGUAUGCUGUCAGUUAAAGGUAAUUUGCUUUUUUUUAAAGGAAAAGUAGUAUUCAGCACAAAUAGGCAGCUAAUGUUCACAAAUAAGACUUAUGCUAUCUUUUUCAUAUUAAUGUAGCUUCUGUUAAGGUAGAUCAGAAAUUUUCACAAAUUGAUACACAGUUCUCAUACUGCCACUUUAAAGUUUGAAAAGAAUUCCAUCACCACUGCAAUCGGAUGUCUCUAUGAAUGUGAUUGGAGAAGUAGCUAGUAUUUAAGAUCCUCUUAUAGUUCUAUACAUUCAGUUCUUAUAUAUUUGCAAAUGUUUUCUGAAUGCAACCAUAUUAGGAUAAAAUAAAAAUUCAAAGCAGUUAGAGUUGUAAAAUUUCUAGAGAUGUUGAAGCCCUGGGGGAGAAAAACAAACAGCAGAAAAUGAGAAAGAAAGAAGCAAUAGUUUUUAGUACACUUUAUAGAUCUAAAGUUAUUUUGUUGCUUUAGGAUAGCUAUCCCAAACCUGGUGCCCUCCGGCUGCAUGACCAGAGGUCAGGAAUGCUGGGUUUUGUAGUUUAGCAUAUCUAGUGAACAGCAGCCUUGAUGUUCCUAAAGUUUUAUGUUAUAUAACUUGGUUUGCUCAUAGAAUUACCAUUAUUUAAAAUGUUUCAAAAUUCUUCCAAAAGGCAACCUUAUGGAGAUGCCUGCUACCCUCCAAAUAUGCAGGAUUAUAAGCAUAAUGUAGGGGGUGGGUAACAUCUGUGCUUUUCUGUGCUGCAGAGCACCUAGAUGCAUUAUUUUUGGCUAAGUGCAGCUCUUUAGAAUGGGUAGGAAGGAGGCUGAGGCAUCACCAGGAUACCUUGUGUCCUGGCAGUGCGGCCCCCUCAGAAUGCCUCCAGAAGUCUUCUCCAAGGUUACAUUUACAACCUUAAAGAACCAGCCACCAUGGUUUCUUCCAUGCCAACUGAGGAGGAGUGAGGAAAGGGGAUCUUAGGAUGAAUUCCCAGCUUAGAAGUUCACAGUGUUGAAAGUAGGCCUGUGGCCAUUUAUACAUUUUCUAGAAGCUAUAGGAUUGUGCUCUUAGCAAAUCCGUAAUUAAUGGCUGAAUGGAGCACCCUUCUAAUAUAUCAAAUACUAUUUUAUGAGCAAACCAAAUUAUAAAUAGGAAAAUAUAUCCUGUAGGUCUGAUCAGAGAGAACUUCAGCAAUUAGUCCCUGAAACAACUGAAUCAUCCUGGAAGCCAAAAGAAGCAGAAGGAAAACUGAUAUAAAGCAUUUGUUCUUGUUUCUAUGGAAGUAUAGUGAAAUUUCUAAACCUGUCCCUUUUUGUGAGGUAAAUCUUAGAGAAAUCUGAUCUGAUGGAAAACCCAUUAAGACAUUAUUUAGCUGAAAAAGAGUCAGAUUAGGAAUGGUAAGCAACCUUUAUUUAAUUUAAGAAUCCUUAAGGAAUCUCAACCAAUUAUUUGAAGAGUGUUGUUUGAUUCACUUUAGUACAUGUUUUUUGUUUGCCACUAGAGACAGCCAUUCACAACAAUCUCAAUGCAAUAAGCUAUGCCAUAGAAACCAGUCUACUAAGUUCCUUUUUGGCAGAGUAGGGUUAUUCUAGUGGUAGCAGUUAUAGCUAAAGCAGUCAUUCCUAGUUGUGAGGUCUAAUUGUGAACUUUAUUGAAAACUAUGGCCAUGAAUUUUAUAGCCCUAAGCCUCAGAGUUAAUUUUUAAGGAGGGAUGACCUACAUGCUUUUCUGUUGUAUUUGGUAGUGAGAUAACCUACAGUGUUUCUUUCACAUGUGAGUUAUAGAUUAGGGCUAUUUCAGCUGACUGCUAUAGCAUCUAAGCAGAACAAGUGUAGAAACACAAGAUUCGGUCAAAUAAAACCCAGAUGGUCAAGAAUGCACAUUUCCUUGCAUCCUAUGGUAAAGGGAUUUUACUCACAUAUUUGCAAAACUCUGCAUGACUUGGAGAAUUCCCAUUAGAUCAAUAAAUUCAAUAAGGAAUGGAAUAACUAUGCAGGGCACCUGACAGGAUUAAAAACAUUUCCCCCCCCCCCCCAUGGCUUCAUUAUUUCCAGGUAUUUUCCAUCUCCCUGUCUUCCUGUAAAGCUGUUUGCAUUAACUGUUUCCCCCCACAUUUUUCUUUUUUUAAAUCUUAGCAUUCACAUCUCUAAAAUAAUUUACAUAACUGAAUGAGCGAAUUCUAAAAGUCUGCAUAUAAUGGCAUGCCAAAUAAAAUCCCAUAUUGCAUUCUAAAAAUCAAGGAACCACUGGCUGGAGUUAUCAGUUAUGUGCUUUGCUUGAUUAUAAAGUACUUAUAAAGAAAUAUAAAUAGGCCAUGUAGAAAUACACAAUGCUAAACUUUAAUCUGAAUAGAUGCAGUGGAAUAAUAGUGCAAAACCAAGUACAUCAUGGCCUUCUAUGAUGUUAAUCACUUUUACCUACUGUCUUUUAUGGUAUAUUUCUGCAUCAAGGCAAAAAAUUGCCUGUUAAAACUGUAUAUAUUAGAUUCAUUCUACUUUCAACAGGCUGAUAGGUUGAACAGGAAGAAUUAUCCACUUUGAUACUUGACCAAAUGCAUGUCAUUUACAGGGUACCUCUAAAACUAACUGCGCUAUAAAUGACUGAAUUAGUUAUCUGUGUUUAUAUUCUUUUGGAGCAGAUGAGAUAUUUGUUUGUGGUAUAAUGUAAAUAAUUUAUUUCAUUUGAGUUAUACUUAUCAGAUUGUUUUCUAAAGUGUCUGAAAAUAAGCCACUAACAGUGAUUCACUUUGUAAGCUGCAUGGUACAAAAUGGCUGUGUAUCAGAGGUACAUUUUUUGACUCGCACAAUUAGUGAUUGAAAUUCUAACAUCCAAGAUUUUUCUGUUUCCAAGCACAAAAGCAAUGAAUUUUCAGAUGUUAUAAUAUACUCCCACCCUGUAUAUAUCUUUGUAAUAUAUAUAUAUAUAUAUCAUGUUGUGAUGUCAACUUUAGCAAAGAUUUGAGUGGUAUGUUAAAAACAAAUGUCAAUUUUUUGAUUUAUUUUUUCAUAUCUGUUUCAGACAAGUGCCAUGGUAUAAACUGUUCAUUUUUAAACUUUUUAAAUAUGUCAAAGCUGUCUUAAAAUAUUGAACAGGGAAUUCAGACAUGGACAGCUAAUGCAGCAUGAUGUUGGGAAGUAACCUUUCUUUUUAGUAUAAAUAUUGAACUGAUGAGUGCUUCUUCUCAUCUUGUACUGUAUGUUUCUUUCAUUUUUCAGUCUUGGUUAUUAUGCUGUGUAAUCAUCUAUAUGUCUACAUAUUUUUUUACUGUUCAUUUUAAGUUUCAAAAUAAAGCAGGGCUUUUGUUUUAAAUCCUA